AUGGCCCCAAAGACGACAGAUACGACUUCACAGCGAUGGCUGUUUGUGACAGGAUUUCCUGUUCUUGCAGGCACCCUCAGCGCCAUGGCCCUCAUGUUCAACAUCUGCACCCUGUUGAGUGAGUGGGAGGUUGCCGAUGAUAAAAGGCCUUUUCCACGCUGUCAUAGGAUGGUUGCUCUACAAGCUGUGUCGCUUGUCAUUGCAGUGAUAACAUAUAUUGCCUACGCUCUUCAGAUGCGACGCCAUCGCCGACCUUCCUAUAUCUUAUGGCUGGUCAUUCUGGGCUGGCUGGUGCCUGCUGUGCUUCUAUUCAGCGUCAUUGGGGUGGUGGUCCAGAGACAUACGCAUCUCCCCUCCCACCUCCAUCGGGAAUAUACCCAGGCCUUCUACUAUGGCGUCUUCGCUGCGGCGCUGUACGGCCUGGUAUCACUCUUGCUGGUAGGAUAUAUCGUUGGCGCGCCGAAGAUACACCUCAACCGCCACGAUGGGCGUUGUGUGCAGCGAACAGGCAUCCUGCUGCGAGCCGUUGCCCUGGCCGUGAUUCUCCUGCUCGGCGCCGCCAUCUUCCAUGCCACCGAGGGCUGGCCGCUCCUCGAUGCGUUGUAUUUCGCCGACUUCACCAUCCUCACGAUCGGGAUCGGCAAUCUGGCGCCCACCACGCAUCUGGGGCGAAGCCUGUUGUUCCCCUACGCCACGGCGGGCAUCGUCUCCCUGGGUCUGAUGGUGAGCGCCGUGCUCUCCUUUGCGCGCGAGAUGCGGAACAUGAAGCUGCGGCUGCGGAUGGCACAGAUGCGCGAGAGCUGGCGGUGCCAGACCGAAAAGCAGAAGGAGAGUGCGCUGCAGGCAAUGCACGUUCGCGAGAUCCAUCGCAUCAAGGACCAGUUCCACCGCGCCCAGGUCCGCAGGGAGCUGGUCUUCUUCCUGCUCGCCUGGUUCGUGCUCUGGUUCCUCAGCGCGGCGGUGUUCCGGGUCUCGGAGUCGCAGCAAGGCUGGUCCUAUUUCGUCGCGUUGUAUUUCACCUUUACCUCGCUGACGACCAUCGGAUACGGCGAUUUCUACCCGACCAGCAGCUGCGGCAAGGCCUUCUUCGUCUUCUGGUCGCUGCUCGCCUUGCCCAUCCUGACCAAUCUCGUCACGGCCAUGGGCCAGACGAUCCGGGCUCUGCUGGUCACUGUCUCGGCCGCCCUGUGGAGGCAUGGUGUCGCUUGUGUCCGGCUCAGGCAUAAAGGUUGCCUUUCGGCAUCCCGGAGGAAACGGCUUCCUCGUGUAGAAAGCCAUGGCGCAUCCGCCGAGACCACAGGCUCGAUGCCUCGCAACCUGCACCAUCUGCUCAUUGUUGAGGAAAUGGACAGGAUGGUCUCCAUUCUCCGCGAGCCUGGAGGCGAAGACGAGCUCGAGGUGCUCUGGUCGCGGGUUCUACCGUUGUUACAUACAGACGAUGGAGAGGAAACCAGCCCUGGCCCUUUCCAUCCCCAUCGUCCCCGAUACAUGGCGCGGCUGAUGGAUCCGCACCUUGAGAUGGAGAAUCGGCAUCUGGAGAUGCUCUGGAUGCUGACAUUCUUGAUCCGCAGGCUGCGAGCCGAUUUGGAGAACUCUCCAGGACUGUAA